AUGGAGUCCUCUUUCUUGACCUCUCAAUCUUCCGAUUUAUUGCCGGAAUCUUCCUUCGGUUCACCGAAACCAUUCGGGUGGGAUUUGGCCCAGAAUUUUCUCCCUUUCAAUGAGAAUGAUUCGGAGGAAAUGUUCCUGUAUGGACUACUUUCAAACACUAUCCAAGAAACAUGUUCAAACGGAGUUAUGGAGAGUCCACUCAAGGAAGAAGAUGAGAUGAAUAUUACAAAGAAGGAGAAGUCGUAUCGGGGCGUUCGGCGCAGGCCAUGGGGGAAGUUCGCGGCCGAGAUCAGGGACUCGACGCGGCACGGCAUAAGAGUGUGGCUUGGCACGUUUGAUAGCGCCGAGGAAGCCGCUUUGGCCUAUGAUCAAGCUGCUUUUUCUACGCGUGGUCCUACGGCUAUCCUCAAUUUUGCUGUCGAAACGGUUAGAGAGUCUCUGCGAGAGUUGAUUUCUUGCAGCGGCGACGGAGGAGCCCUUGUUGAAGAUUGCUCGCCGCUGAUGGCUCUCAAAAGAACACACUCCAUCAGAAGGAAACUAGUGAUCAGGAAGAGCAAAGAGAAGGAUUUGACACUAAACAAUGUGGUGGUGUUUGAAGAUUUGGGUGCAGAGUACUUAGAGCACCUUUUAGCUACUACAAUCUAA